GAUACAACUACAGAUAAUACUCCGAAGGAUACAACUACAGAUAAUACUCCGAAGGAUACAACUACAGAUAAUACUCCGAAGGAUACAACUACAGACAAAACUCCGACGGAUACGACACCAGACACGACUCCAAUUGAAACAACCAAGACUGAUACAUCUGCUCCUCCAGAACCUACAAAAGAUAAUAUAAUUAACGUAGAAGUUUCAGCAAAAAUCCCACCUGUAGAGACAAAAGUUAAAGUUGGGUUAAGAAAGAGACAAGAUACUACUUUUAAAUUUAUUCCUAAAGUCAUUGUAUUCACUUCUAUGAAUGAAGGAGAACCUGGUAUAAAGGAAUUUUAUAGUGGUGAUAGAGAUGUAUUGGAAAAAUCCAUACCUGGAUUAACAUUAUUAAAGUAUGAGGAUAUAUAUGAAUUGAAAGAAAUUAAUACCGAAAUUGCUCGUGCAAAGAUCACAUCUGGAAAGAGCAAGUGGGAUGAUUUAGUUACAAGUCCAUCAUGGAUUACUUGGAGUGUUAUAAUGAGUAUAAUAUACGUUAUUAUAAUCAUCGUAUCAACGUUUUUAUUAGUAAAUCAUUUUAAACAAUUUGGAUUCAUCGUGAGAAAUAUUAAAAUUUACUGUUAUCCUGGAAUUACAUUCGUUUGCAUAAUGGGGAUCAUCAAAUUAACGAUCGAUCCUAUUCAUGAAGCAGCGAUAGAUUUAUUUGCUUGUGCCCUUAUCAAUCAUUCAAAAGAUCUUAUAUUGUUCAUCAUUUUUACAAUUUUGGAAAUUCAAUGGAAAAAAGCGGCAUCGAUCAUAUGUCAAACACAUCAACAUUAUUCCAAGCAUGCAUCAAAUUUAAGUAAAAUAUAUUCGUAUAUUUUAUCGUUUUGCAUAAUGAUGUUUAUAUCUGGAUUUUUAGUUAAAACAUUAUCCUUUUUGAAUACUGCUACAACUUGGUUUAAAAUAGUAAUCAAACUAUCAUUUACGCUGGAGUACGUCUCAAUAGGCCUUGUCGGUAUCGAAUUUAUAUUAUUUGGCUCAUAUAUCUUUACCGCGUUAAGAAAGAAAGUUCAACGACAGAGAUUAAGGUAUAAAAGGAAAGUUACUGCAAUAAAAGUAUUAAUCAUGAACAUUUCUUUUGCGUUCGCGAUUGUAUUUUUUGUGGUUACUGACGCCUUGCAAUUUUUAAUCCCGACAGUCGUAAAUUUAUGGUUACACCUAGUGUUGGGAAAUGUUGGUACUGCGAUAGCUUGUAUUAUUAUAAUUUUAGUUUUGCAAGACGAAAUAAUUGGAAGAAAUCUUCAAUUGGCUAAUAAUACCAAUCGAAAUUUUAACAAUUUUAAUGAUAAUUAUAACCGUGAUAAUCGUUCUUCACACAGCUAUAGUAGUAGUAGCAGUAGCAUGAAUCGUUCUUCCAUAGAGGUUACAUCUACUGUGACGCAAGAUAUGAUUUCAAUAAAUAGAUUAUCAUUGGAUGCCCAACCGGUUAGUACAUUAUCAUCACCAAGACUUUCAAUAUCAUCACCGAGACCUUCAAUAUCAUCACCGAGACCUUCAUUAUCAUCAACAAGACCUCCAAGAAAUUUAACUACAAUAGUUGAAUUGCCUUCAAUAAGAAACUUCAGGUAA